AUGAAUUUUUUCAAAACCAGCAAUUUCAACUUUCAACAAUAUUGCUUGCAAACACAUGGCUCCAUCAAAAAAUUAUUCGACAAAGCCAAGAAUGGUGAUGUUCUUGCCCAGCAAGACCUGGGUUUGGCUUACUAUGAAGGAGGCGAUUUUCUGCCCAAGGACAUCGACAAGGCAAUAUACUGGUUAAGCAGUGCUGUCGAAAACGGUUAUGAAGAUCCAAACAUUCUUGGAAAACUUGGGGAAGCGCUAGAUUUAAAAGGAACACCGCCAUACCAACGGAAGGCUUUCGAGAUGUACAACAGGGCUGCGAAUUUGGGGUGCACAAAUUCGCAAAUCAAUCUUGCAGAAAUGUAUCGAUGUGGAGUUAAAGGAGUCGUGAACGAAAACAUCGAAGAAGCUUUUAAAUGGUAUAAGAUGGCGGCUGGUGAAAACCGCCUGAGUAAUGUGGGAGCGCUGGAACAGUUAUUAGCUGGAGCAAUGAGAACCGUGGAUAAUACACUUGGUAGUGUGUUGAAAUUUAGGGCCCUUAGACUUUUGUUCAAAUACUAUCUCAAAGGAGAUUGUCCAGAAGGCCGACCACAACCAACCAAAGCUGUUUAUUAUUUGACCAGAGCAGCUGAACUAGGCGAUGCUGAGGCUCAGCUAGAGUUAGGACAAAUAUAUCUGACCGGAGGUUGUGAGCAACUCAAAGAUGUUGCAAGGGCAAGACGAUGGCUACAGAAGGCCUCUGCUCGUGGUGAUGUGAGGGCAAAGCAGGUAGGUGUGAUGGCAACUUUUGCAUUUGGAAUUAUUGGGGAGUGGGUGACAAGUGAUUAGCACAACUCUUUCUCAAACUCUCAAAUGAAAGAGUUAAAAGCUGUUCAUCACAGGUGUCAGGGAAUAAAUGUUAAUAGGUAACUUAUCAAGUCGCCACAAAGUCAUCUCACCCAACUGCAAGUUAUGUUUCCUGAAACCAGAGUUAAGUCACCCAAAAUUUAUGGUUAUGUUGGGUGAAAUGUUAUCAGGUGUAAUACACAGAGCGUGUAUAUGUUGUGUAUAUGGCAAAGAGCGUGUAUUAUGUUGUGGUUCAAUUUUAUCCUUGGUUUAAAUUUUAUUUUCCCUUGUUUCAAAGUCAUUAUCAUACAUUACCAUACCCCAAAACAAAAGAUAAUAAAAUUUAAACCAAGGAUAAAAUUGGACUGCAACAUAUAUAUCUGGUUCUUCAAAAUCUCAUGAGACAAAACAAGUGGGUCAAAUGUGUAGAGGCCCUGCCAGGGUAAAUUCUGACAAGCGACAGGAUCCAGAAGGUAGCGACAGAGCGUAAAAUGAAAUUACGACAAGAGACAACCUUCCUCAGCCAAAUUGCGACAGUGCUGGCAAAGCCGAGAAUAAGAAUCGGACAAAGAACGUUCGAUUGGCUAAUUUAUCACCAGUCUGAAUGCCAAGAAGAAGUAAUUUUCAUCAAUUUUUCUUGAGCUUCUAAGAACGUCUCUUGUCAGUGAGCUUGUGUGGAGUCCCUCCUGUGUAUUGUGUUAAUUGUGAAGGGCGAUGUAUAGGUGUUCGAUAUGUGAAAUGUUAACAAAGAAGUUGCAGAACUAUAAUGGUUUCUUUACAAUGCAUCGCUUUUCCCCUUUUCUACAAUUCCGACAAAGACAAAGAAUUUUUGUUCAAUUUCCGAUAGUGGCGUGAAGCAUUUAUAAACAACGACACGAGACGUUUUAAAAUUCAGGCAAGCGACAUGAGACCCCCCCACCUUGGCGGGGCCUCUGUGUAAUAUAUGUCGUUCCUUAAGCAAUGAUGAAAUGAAAGAAGCACAGUAAAUGAGAAAUAUAUCUUGUUCUUGUAGCUUUUAUGUAGACGAAACAAGCAUGAUGAAUGUGUAAUAGGGAUUUUAGGAUGUCGUUGAACAUGAUAAAAUUUUGGCCGAUAAAAGAAGCAUUUCAGGCAACUUAACUAAAAAUUUAGGGAAUAUAGCUCUGGUUUCAGAUUACAUAACUGCAGGCAAGAUGACUUUUGGGGGAAUUGACUUUAAACCUGUUAAUAUAAUCAGUCAUCAGUUCGUCAUAUGAAGGGUUGAAAGUAAAAGGGGUACAUGUGAUGAUUUUGAUCAAGGCUGUGCUCUAACAAAAAUUAAAGGGGGCCCAGAACUUUGAACCUGUGAAAUCUAGGGUGCCCAGCAUAUGAUUUUUAUGAAAAAACUAGGAUUUUCUGGUCAACCAGGAGCAAAAGUAAGGUGCCAGGGGCCACCGGACUGUGCUAGAGCACAGCCCUGUUGACUGAUACUAAAAAUCAUUGCUCAAAUGGCCUUAACUUUUUCAUGCACAUGCCAUUGUUAAUUGCCCAACAAAUACUGUCUUGAUUCAUUUAUUUCCUGUCAGUCCAAAUAAUUAUGUAUAGUGGAACCUCUAUUCAGGGUAAAUCCUAGGGGCCAAGGAAAGUGUCCCCUAAAUAGAGGUGUCUGAAAGGAGAGGUUCCACUGUACCGUUUUCUCAGUUUGUGUGGGUGCCCUGUGGAUUCACUGUCUUUAUUGUCAAUGGCCAAAGAAACUACUUUGGUUCUAUACCAGUCGGUGGUUAAAUUUAACUGCUCAAAGGCAUGAAACUUGCUUACAUGAUUGUACAAUCAUGUCUUCCCCAAUUAUCUUGGGUUCAUUCCUUGCCAUCUACGAGUAAUAAAUAGAAAAGAAAUCAAGAGGUCUCUCCUCACAGAGGCUCCUACUAGGUAUUCCUACCGAUAAAAGUAGGAAUACAAUUUGCCUCUGCAGUGGAGAGAGGUAUGGAACUAGUUACUGCUAGACUGUUGGUGGGUGAACAUUUAGAGCGAUUUUUGUAUGACCUUGAAAAAUGGUUUCGGUAAGUGUUCGUUAUUUGUUUUAUCAGCCAGUGGAUGAAGAGAUCAAAACAUGGCCUCCUCCUUUUCCCGCCAAAGAAAACCCUAAUAUGGAGAAGGCAUUGUUCGUUUGGCCAAUCAUGCUGCAGUAUGAUGUCAAAGCCGUAGCGAUUGAUUUCUAGAAAGUUCUCGGCUUGAAGUUUUUUUCACUGGAAGGUUUGUGUAACCAACCAAACGCCAAGCGCAUUUGUAUCUGUUCGAUAAAUCAAUCAAAUCGCUCUAUUUCCGCUCGUUUGUUGUGUUUGUUUUGUUCACGCGUUUUCAUUUUGAGGACAUUCAAAAUCGCUCUUUUUCGUGUUGAAGAAAAGGCAAGCAUAUGGCUAAGAGAGAAGGUAAAGGCAUCGAUGAAAAGGUACAGAAGAAUAUUUGUAAAUUAGCUUGUACUGUAGGCUGUCUUACCUGAGAAGCAAAUUUCUUAUGGUCUAGGUUGUAAUGCUAUUGGCAACAUGUAUUUUGUUCAGAUACAAGUUUUGUUUCAAUUCAUAGUUUUAUUUUUGUGUUGUCAGCUUCUUGAAGAAUGUUUCAAGCAAAGUGUUGAUACUAAACAUCCUGCAUCAGAAGUAUCUGAAGAGGCUUUCCUUCAAACUUGUGAUAUCUUGAAGGAAAAAAUGAAGCAAAGAUCUGAGGCAAGACUGCAUCCCUUUGCUAUUUCUCAGCCAGUUCCUUUAACAGAAGAAUUGCUCUCUGAUUUUGUAUGGUCUCCAACAGCAAAAAUUUACCUCCAAGCUUUAAAACAAGUGAAAGAAGGCUUUGAAGUUCUUCAGAAGAGUAACUUUACUAAUGAAAGAGGAAUUACUCUUAUAGCUCAUGGGUAUUUGACAGAGAAUUCUAUACUACAAGCAUUUCCUGCUGAUGUUUAUAUAAUUCCAAUACUGCCUCAAUUAUUUCAAUUAUGUGAGAAAACGUUGGAGAAAAACCCAUAUUUCUUUGAAGCCCUUGUUGUUUCAUUUGCUUUGCAAGCUUAUGAAAGAAAAGUUUCUAUGCAGGGAUCUAUUGGGGAUAUGAAGAAAAUCAUGUGUAUAGAUAACUUAAUUCAUUUUAUCAAGAAUGCUGAGCCAGAUGGUGUUCCCUCGCAAGAACCCUUCAAUGUCAAUAAGAACUAUAGUAGCUGGCUUCAUCUUUUGUAUUACUUCUUGGCAGCAAUCUUUACUGCUGGAGGGGUCUAUGCAGAUGCAGCCGAGGCUUAUGAGAACUCCCUUCAGUAUUGCCCAGCAUAUUACGAGUCCAAGAGAGGACUUGGCUAUACAUUACUGUUGCUGUAUAUUUCUAGGUUACCGGUUAGUGAGGAGUUGAGGCAGGUGGUAAAAUCCAGAGAAGAGUUGCCCAAGCAAACAAUGAGUGAGAGAAAGAUUCCAAAAUAUGAUUCUUGGACAACUCAGCAACUGAAAGAAAUGGCUGUAAAAGUGUUAAAUGAGUAUGUGGAUAAGGCCCCUUGUUGCCACAAACCAUACCCACAUGCUUACUAUUAUUUGGCACAAAUUUCUCUACUUGAGCAAAAACUAGCUGAAUUCAGGAAAUAUUAUGAACAAGGCCAAGAUGCAGAAGAAAAGAGACUUCCUUUUUUUGAACCAGUUUCCCUGCCAAUGAAAGAUCUCAUGACUCCUGUUUACCAACUAUUUGUCAAUGUACAGAAACCAACUGGGUGUGGCAACAGGUCUUGCAUUCGGAAGGUCAAAGAAACUGAGCUGAAGUCGUGUAGUCGAUGUAGGAUGCAAAAAUAUUGUAGCAAGUAAGUACAGUUGUACAGUUGUAUUACAUCUAAUUCCCUCACAAAAAGGGGAGUGAUGCUCAAACUGUUUGUAAUCUUUUGUUAAAGAAUCCCUAGUGGUGAGAAUGACAUGCAGUCAAACCCUGUUAAUACCGAUACUGAGAGGUCCAUAGAAAGUGUCCAUAUUAAGCGGGUUGAAUUUAGAGAAACUUUAAAGGCUAGGGACAAGGCAAACGGUCUGUAAUAAUGUGGUGUCCAUAUUGAGCAGGUGUCUGUAAAGCGGGAUUCAACCGUACCAUUAAUGUCGUUGCCAUAAUAUGUAUUACAUUAAGCUGAAUAACACCUUUCGACUUGCAUACAUGAAGGACUGUCGUACCCUUUAAAACCCCUCAGUCACUAAUCAUUUAUUUUCAUUAAAUACUUGUAUUCUUUACACAAUUUUCAGAGAAUGCCAAAAAGCCGACUGGAAGAAUCAUAAAGCAGCUUGCAAAACAACU